GAAGGCCUGGAGGAAUGUUGUCCAUGGGGUUGCGAUGGGUUGGACACAACUUCUUGACCAACAACAUUAGUCAUUCUUUCUCCCCAGGUGAGGAAAUACUGUAUUUCUGAAAAGAUCGCCCAAUGGGGAUUGUUUUAUGUGUUCAUAAAGUCACCAGGAACUGAACCGAUUUUGCCUUUGUGCCAUGUCCCUGAAAUCGUGGGGAUGAUUAUUUCUGGGUGUCUUCGCACCACUAGCUCAGUCACAAAAUAUGUGUCAAUUCAGCCCCAAUGGAGAUCGAAAGGCGAUGACGGCUUCUAUAACUGAGGGAGACCUGCAUUCCUAAAUGGCCAGUUCCAGUCUUUUGGGUGGACUUGCGCCGCUGCCUUUAAGAGCUAAAAAAAAGCCCCAUCCUGUCUCCUCCCUCGUACAGGCAAGACGCCGGGUUGGACUGAACUUCUCCCCAGUCCCAAAACACCCGCAAAAGCCGAAGGUGCCAACCGGCGUGGAGACUGGCCUGCGUUUGCCGGCAGCUCGCGCUGAGCCACGAUAACAUGAGUCCGCGCAACGACAGGCUAAGCGGCAGCCACCCGGAGCCCAGAGAGGGCAGCCGGCCCAGAAAGGCGAGGAGACCCUUCCCGGGGGGGCUUCUGCCGAGGAAGGCCCGGGUUCCCGCGGCAGCGGAAGUUCCUGCGCCCGGGUCACGUGGGCGGGCAGGGAAGAGGCCGUGGCGGCAGUUGUGCCAGCUGUUUCCCCGGGAGCGGUGGCUGCUGCUGCCGCUGCCCAGGAAGCGGACGUGGAACUGGGAAGAAGCUCGAGCAUGGAGGGGUGGCUUUCAGAGCGCGGCCGGUUGGCGGCGGGGCUGCUGGUGAACUUGGCGGCGUCUAUUUGCAUCGUCUUCCUGAACAAGUGGCUGUACGUGCGAAUGGGCUUCCCCAACCUCAGCCUCACGCUGGUGCACUUCGCCGUCACCUGGCUGGGGCUGUAUGUGUGCCAGUCGCUGGGCGUCUUCGCCCCCAAAAGUCUGCGGCCGCGCCAGAUCCUCUCCCUAGCGCUCAGCUUCUGUGGCUUCGUGGUCUUCACCAACCUCUCCCUGCAGAACAACACGGUCGGCACUUACCAGCUGGCCAAGGCCAUGACCACGCCGGUCAUCGUGCUCAUCCAGAGUGUGGCCUACGGCAAGACCUUUGCCACCCGCAUCAAGCUCACUUUGAUUCCAAUCACUUUAGGUGUUUUUUUAAAUUCUUAUUAUGAUGUGAAAUUUAGUUUUCUUGGAAUGAUAUUUGCUGCUCUUGGUGUUAUAGUCACAUCUCUUUAUCAAGUGUGGGUAGGAGCAAAACAACAUGAACUACAAGUAAAUUCUAUGCAGCUACUAUACUAUCAAGCACCAAUGUCAUGUGGCAUGUUGCUGUGCGUUGUGCCCUUCUUUGAACCAGUCUUUGGAGAAGGUGGAAUUUUUGGCCCCUGGACUCUCUCUGCUGUGUCUAUGGUGCUGGUCUCUGGAAUAAUAGCAUUUAUGGUGAACUUGUCUAUUUACUGGAUUAUUGGGAAUACUUCACCAGUGACAUACAACAUGUUUGGACACUUCAAAUUCUGCAUCACCCUCAUGGGAGGAUAUCUCUUAUUUAAGGAUCCUUUAUCAAUUAAUCAAGGCCUUGGAAUUACAUGCACAUUGUUUGGCAUUCUAGCUUACACACACUUCAAACUUAGUGAGCAAGAUGGGAACAAAAGCAAACUGGUUCAACGUCCGUAAAUUAAGUGUUUUUGUUGGUAACAAAAGAAUUGCUUUAGUAUGCACUGAUUCCAAAAGCAAUGCACUGUCUAUGGAGGAAUCUAAAAUUGUCCAUCUCCCAGCAGAGCAGGUAUUCUCUCGCCUAUAGCUCCCAUGCACUGCCACUUCCUACUGUGGCCAGUUGGAGUAUGGAUUGUAUUAAAUUGAGGGGGUCAUAGGAUUCAGUAGAAA